AUGGGAGGGUCGCAGUCCCUGCAGGCAGCCCCAGCCAGCGACCUGAACCCGGAGGUGUCCGAGGCCAUGAGCUCUGACUCGGAAGAAGCGUUUGAGACCCCAGAGUCAACCACCCCCGUCAAAGCUCCACCAGCCCCGCCCCCACCGCCCCCUGAAGUCAUCCCAGAACCCGAAGUCAGCACACCACCAGCCCCGGAAGAACCAGGAUGCGUUUCUGAGCCAGUCACGGUCCCCGAUGGCCCACGUGGUGACUCGGUGGAAGGAAGCCCUUUCCGACCUCCACACUCCUCCUCUGCCGUCUUCGAUGAAGACAAGCCCAUAGCCAGCAGUGGGACUUACAACCUGGACUUUGACAGCAUCGAGCUGGUGGAUGACUUGCAGAGCUCGGAGCCUGGCGCCUCAGACUGUAAGGGACAGGAGUGCAAGGUGAGCACGCGGAGGAAGUCUACCGAAUCCACGCCGCCCUCCAAGUCCACGCUGUCCCGCUCGCUCAGCCUGCAAGCCGGCGACUUUGACGGUGCCACCUGCCCAGGCAGCCCCGAGGCCGUGGCCCUCGUCCCCGAUGGGUGCAGCACGGGGUCCAGCAGCGCCUCCAGUACCCUUAAGCGAACUAAAAAACCACGGCCACCUUCCUUAAAAAAGAAGCAGACCACCAAGAAGCCCACGGAAACCCCGCCGGUGAAGGAGAGCCAGCAAGAGCUGGCCGAGGAGAGGCCCAUCCCCAGCGAGGAGCACCCGGCCUCCGAGUCAAAGACGGAGCCAUCCACUGCAGAAGCUUCCGGAUCCGCUGUGUUGGAGGAGACGCCCCCAGAACCCCCCACUGUGCCUCAGGCCACCUGUCCUCCAGAGCCAGAGGCUGUAGAGGACGUGGGACCCCCAGCCUCGGGAGGCGGCAGAGUGCAGAACUCACCCCCUGUUGGGAGGAAAACGGUGCCUCUUUCCACGGCUCCCGAGGACGGGGAGGUGGCCCCAUCGGACAGUGGGGAGCAGGAGGACCCCCCAGCCAAAGGGCUCUCGGUGAGGCUGGAGUUUGACUAUUCUGAGGACAGCCAGCAGGAAAACCCCCCUCCCACCAAAAAGCUAGGCAAGAAGCCAGUUGUCAAGAUGCCCCUAAGGAGGCCAAAGGUGAAGAAGACCCCCGAGAAAGUUGACACCACUCCCGCCUCGCCCACGCGAUCCCCCGCCGACCCCAAUGACAUCCCCAUUGCCAAAGGCACCUACACCUUUGACAUCGACAAGUGGGAUGACCCCAAUUUCAACCCUUUCUCUUCCACCUCAAAAAUGCAGGAGUCUCCCAAACUGCCCCAACAAUCAUACACCUUUGACCCCGAUGCCUGUGAUGAGUCCCUUGACCCCUUUAAGACCUCCGGCUCCCCUUCCAAAUCCCCGGCCUCCUUUGAGAUCCCAGCUAGUGCCAUGGAAGCCAAUGGAAUGGACGGGGACGGACUGAACAAGCCCGCCAAGAAGAAGAAAACGCCCCUGAAGACUGACACAUUUAGGGUGAAAAAGUCGCCAAAACGGUGCCCUCUCUCAGAUCUACCAUCACAGGACUCCACUCCGGACUCCACCCCAGAAGCCCCCCCAGUGAUCUCUGCAGUGGUCCACGCGACUGAUGAGGAGAAGCUGGCGGUCACCAGUCAGAAGUGGACGUGCAUGACGGUGGACCUGGAGGCCGACAAGCAGGACUUCCCGCAGCCCUCAGAUCUGUCUACCUUCGUAAAUGAGACCAAAUUCAACUCACCCACGGAGGAGUUGGAUUACAGAAGCUCCUAUGAAAUCGAAUAUAUGGAAAAAAUUGGCUCUUCCUUACCUCAGGAGGAUGACACCCUGAAGAAGCAGGCCUUGUACCUCAUGUUUGACACGUCUCAGGAGAGCCCUGUCAAGUCUCCUCCCGUCCGGAUGUCAGAUUCUCCAACACCGUGUUCAGGGUCAAGUUUUGAGGAGACUGAAGCUCUCGUGAACGCUGCAGUAAAGAUCCAGCAUCCUGUCACGUGUGGGCUCACCUCUAACCAAGAGCCUCAUUUGCAGGUGCCAGAGAAAUCCUCCCAGAAGGAGCUGGAGGCCAUGGCCUUGGGCACCCCGUCAGACGCCAUUGGAAUUAGAGAGUCUGCGCACCCAGCCGAUGUCUCCAUCUCUAAAACCGCCUUGUACUCCCGCAUCGGGACCACCGAGGUAGAGAAACCGGCAGGCCUUCUGUUCCCACAGCCUGACUUGGACUCUGCACUGCAGGUUGCCAGAGCAGAGGUCAUCACCAAGGAGAGAGAGGUCUCAGAGUGGAAAGAUAAAUAUGAAGAAAGCAGGCGGGAAGUGAUGGAAAUGAGGAAAAUCGUGGCCGAGUACGAGAAGACGAUUGCACAGAUGAUAGAGGAUGAACAGAGAGAGAAGUCUGUGUCCCACCAAACAGUGCAGCAGCUGGUCCUGGAGAAGGAGCAAGCCCUGGCUGACCUCAACUCCGUGGAGAAGUCUCUGGCUGACCUCUUCAGGAGAUACGAGAAGAUGAAGGAGGUCCUGGAAGGCUUCCGCAAGAAUGAAGAAGUGCUGAAGAAAUGUGCACAGGAGUACCUGUCCCGCGUGAAGAAAGAGGAGCAGAGGUACCAGGCCCUGAAGGUGCACGCGGAGGAGAAGCUGGACAGGGCCAACGCUGAGAUUGCCCAGGUACGAGGCAAGGCCCAGCAGGAGCAAGCCGCCUACCAGGCCAGCCUGCGGAAGGAGCAGCUGCGAGUCGAUGCUCUGGAAAGAACACUGGAGCAGAAGAAUAAAGAGAUAGAAGAACUCACCAAGAUUUGUGAUGAACUGAUUGCCAAAAUGGGGAAAAGCUAACUUUGAACCAAAUGCUUGGACUUGAGCGUUGCGUGCAAUAUGACCGUCGGCACACUGCUGCCCCUCCAGGAUGAGGACAGGUUCUCUUCUCACCUUUUGUAUGCACUACUGUACUUCCUUCCUACGUAGAGUCGAUUCGAUUGUCUGCAGUACUGAGGAGACUAUCAAGAUUUCUUGCUAUUGGUUUGCAUUUUCCUAGUCUAAUUCAUAGCAAGUUGACCUCAGAGUUCCUGUAUCAGGGAGAUUGUCUGAUUCUCUAUUAUAAAAGACAAAUUGCUGACCUUGGUCUUGCCAUUUGUACACGACUUCCCAGGGUGAGCAGCUUUGGAUUUACUACGAACAUGUACAGCGUGCAUAGGGACUCUUGCCUUAAAGAGUGUAAACUUGGCCUGCAUUUGCUGAUUUGUUUAAAAAAAACAAACGCAUGUUUGGAAUAAAAUCCUCUAUUGUAAAUAAAUUUUUUUCCUUUGGAUCUUG